AUGGAAACCUUGGGUGCUUUCCUUGUUGAAGUUGGUAGAUGUUUAGCCAACACCGUGUUGUCACGGUUUGCCACCCUGAAAAAAUUCCAGAAAAACAUCCAAACUAUGAAGGAGGAACUACAAAAGCUCAUCUGCCGAGAAAAUGAUAUAACAGAAGAUAUUGAUUUAGCAAAGAUAGAAGGGAAGUACCCCCCAGGGCAAGUUAAGGAGUGGCUUAAAAAGGUUGACAAGAUCAAGCAUGAGGUUGAGGAGAUUGAACAAAAAGCUCGGCUACUAUUGGGGGCAGAUCCCCUUGAUGCUUCCAUUGGCCAGGGGUGUUUUCUUGACUCUAACAUGUGCCAGAGGUACCAGCUUAGCAAAAGUGCAGCAAAGAAGUGUGAUGAGGUGAAACAACUAAUCAAGGAAUCAUGUGAUCUUCCACCUAUGGAAGAUAGGAAACUAAGUGAUAUACGUGUUGAGCAUAUUCCAGCACCUUCUCUUGUUGGUCAGAAAGCACCAGAGAAGCUAAAUCAGCUUAUGGAAAUUUUGGCUGAUAAAGGAAUCACAAGGAUUGCUGUUUAUGGAAUGGGAGGUUCUGGGAAAACUACACUAGUAAAAACCUUGAACAAUCGUCUUGAGUCUUCUGCCUCAGAGUUCUUUGAUAUGGUCAUCUGGGUCCCCGUGUCAAAUGACCUCGAUAUGAAAAAGGUUCAAUCUCGAGUUGCUGAGAGACUGAAUUUAGCACUGAAUGCAGAAGAGAGCACAGAGCGAAGGGCUGGUAAACUACAUCGAGUAUUGAAGUCAGGAAAAAGGUUCCUGCUCAUUCUUGAUGAUGUUUGGGAGAAAAUUGAUCUGGACAUCGUGGGGAUACCACAAGGUGAUGACCAAGCAAAUUGUAAGAUCAUUUUGACAACUCGAUCACUUGGCGUGUGUAGGGAAAUGAUGACUGAUAAAGAAAUAAAGAUGGAACUUCUGAAUGAAGAAGAGGCUUGGAAUUUAUUUGCACAAAAUGCAGGAAACGUAGUAGAGUCGGAAGACAUAAAUCCUCUAGCAAGAGAAAUUGCUAGGGAAUGUGGUGGUUUACCUCUGGCAAUCGAGACGAUGGGGAAGUCCAUGAGGGACAAAACAAUGAUUCAGCUAUGGCAGAAUGCACUCUGGCAACUGAAGCAUUCAGAACCACAUUAUGGGAGCUUCGACAAGGUGUAUCUGCGAUUGAAAUUGAGUUAUAAUUCACUGCCAACCGAAGGAUUGAUCGGUGAACGUCAAACUUUAGAGGAGUCAUUCAACGAUGGGAUUGCAAAACUUGAAUAUUUGAAGGAUUCUUGCAUGUUAGAACAGGGUGAAGGUAUUGGCACUGUAAAGAUGCACAGUGUAUUGAGGGAAGUAGCCAUAUGGAUAUCCUCAAAUGAGAAAGAAACUGGGUUUUUCAGCAGUUCAUUGCAAGGAAUGCAAAAGCUUCGAACAUCCUUCAGAAGAGUUUCAUUUAUGAAUGAAUCUAUAACGAGUUUGCCAACUCGGUUGCUGGGGGCCUCAAACCUAACUGUGCUGUUCCUUCAAUGUAAUCCUCUAAAUAAAAUCCCCGACGGUUUCUUUCGAGAGGUUAGAGUACUAAAAUUCUUGAAUUUAAGUAGCACUCAAAUAACUUCCUUGCCUUCUUCUCUUCUUCAUCUAAGGGAGCUACACACUCUUCUCUUAAGAGACUGUCGUUCUCUAGAAAAUCUACCCCCACUUGGAGGUCUUUAUAAACUCCAAGUGCUUGAUCUCUGUGGCACUCGAAUAAGAGAACUUCCAAAAGAUAUGGGAAAGUUAAUUCAUCUGAGAGAUCUAAACUUGUCACACACACACCACUUAGAAAUCAUCAUGGAGGGAAGCUUAUCAGGAUUAUCUAGUCUUGAGGUCUUAGACAUGUCUUUCAGUGCUUAUAAGUGGGAUGUGAAACGCAAUGUAGAAGGAGCGGCAUUUGAUGAAUUAUUAUCAUUGCGUCAACUUUCAGUUCUUCAUAUAAGGCUAGACACAGUUGAUUGCGUUGCCUUGGACUACGCUGGUCCAUGGUUUGGGAGAUUGAAGGAGUACACCAUACGGAUUGGUACAAGGAGCUGCGAUACGAAUUUACCGACUCAACAUGAUGAGAAAAGAGUCAUCCUUAGAGGGGUUGACCUCCUGAAACGAGGCCUCGAGGAGCUACUGUGCAGUGCUAGUGCCCUGGACCUCGUCUCGUGCGGAGGUAUGAGUAGUUUGUCUGAUAUAGUUGCCAGAAAGAGUUCAUGUGGCCUGCCAAACUUGAAGUCACUCACCAUAUCAAAUUGUGGCUGCAUAACUAGUUUGUUAAUUGGCGAACAAAAUCUUAGGAGCACAUUAACAAAUCUGGAGCAUUUAACUCUCAGUCGCCUAGACAACUUAGCAACCAUGGUGGAUGGAAUAGUUCGCAGAGGAUGCCUUGGAAACUUAAAGACCAUUAAAGUGGUGGGAUGUGGGAGGCUAAAGAACCUCAUAUCCUUUGCUUUACUUCGGCUGGUUCAAAACAUUGAAGAAAUAAAGGUAAGUGACUGCAGGAGGAUGAAGCAAUUGAUCGCAGAAAAUUACUACGAAACGCUUCCAAAGCUGAAAACCAUAGAACUCAGGGAUAUGGAAACUUUGAGGACCGUUUGUUCAAGGGAAAUGGAAGGAUCAGCUUUGGAGAGGAUUGAGGUGAGCAAUUGCCCCAGGCUAGGGAAGCUUCCCUUCACAGCACACGAUGCGCUAACUAUUAAACAAAUUAGAGGAGAUUUAAAUUGGUGGAAUAGCCUUCGAUGGCGAAAGGAUGCAGAUAAGAUCAGCCUUCAGCAACGAUUCCAAGCAACAGAGGAUUAG